GAUCCUCAUUUCACAUAUAGGGUCCAAGCGGACAGUGAUAGUCGAAUCAGGAAUCUGAUGUGGGCUAGCGGAAACAGCAGGCUGCAGUACUCGUUCUUCGGGGAUGUGAUAACAUUUGACACCACCUACAUGACAAAUUUGUAUGGCAUGCCAUUCGGAUUGUUCGUUGGAGUGAACAACCACUUCCAGAGUGUGAUUAUGGCCGGUGUGCUUGCCCGAGAUGAGACUGAGGAUAGCUUUGUUUGGGUUUUUUCAGAGUUCCUAAGAAUGAUGGGUGGAUCGGCGCCGGUUACUAUACUCACAGACCAGAACCGUGCGAUGGAGCUUGCUAUAAGUAAGGUUAUGCCGAAUACAACACAUAUGUGGUGCAAAUGGCAUGUGCUUAAGAAAGCAAAGGAGUCGCUUGGGUCGCUGUACACGAAGAAAAGCGAAUUCAGGGCUGAGUUUUACAAGGUGAUUAACCACAUGCUUAGUGAAGAUGAAUUUGAGAAAGGUUGGGAGUUGCUGCUGGAUAAAUACAAGUUAAGAGGUCAUGAUUAUAUGACGCAAUUGUUUGAGAUACGGAAUAAAUGGGCAAAGCCUUACUUUAAGGGGGUGUUCUGUGCAAAAAUGACGAGCACAUAGCGAAGUGAGAGCGCAAACCACAUGCUGAAAAAUUAUGUCCCACCUGGUUGCCCGAUGCACAUGUUUGUGCAAAAAUACAUGAGGCUUCAGUUCGGUCGCGAAUCCGAUGAGAAUUACGAGGAGAAGCGCACUCGCAUUGGAAAGCCGCUGAUGAGGGCAAAUCUUGCAGUGGAGAGGCAUGCAAGCAAGAUAUACACAAGAGCAAUGUUUGAACAAUUUGGGCAAAUUUUGUAUGAGAGUGGGGCGUAUCAGGUACAGGAGGUGGAGAAACAGAAGACAUACAUAGCAAUUCAUAGCGAUGCAGAGAGAAGGGAGAAAUGGUGUAGAGUAUCUUACAAGGUGACUAUGCUGGACGGUGGCAAUGAGUUCGAGUGCGAGUGUGGGCAGUUUGCACAUAUGGGCUUGCUUUGCAGCCAUGUUCUCAAGGUCUUGGACUUCAUUCGUGCGAAGGAAAUACUGGCUAAACAUAUCGUGAAGAGGUGUACAAAAGAUGCCACAGAUGUUCUACCUGCUCACCUAGCCCAGUACCAAAAAGACAGUAUGCAGAACAAUCCCUUCUCUUACAGACACUUCGCUAUGUACAUGCAUGCAAUGGAGUUAGUAAGACUAGGGGACACAAGCUUAGAAGCGUACAUUCGUUUGAUGGACCUGUUCAAGUCGAAUUUGACAAUAAUGCUCCCGUUCGCAGAAAUUAGAGAUGGUCUAGGACUAGAGGAUAGAAUUGCAGAUAAGGGUGUAGUGGUCAAUGAGCGGAUCGCUGAUGCUGUAGUUGCAGACCAGAAUGACAAAGUAGUCGGACUUGCUGCCGACAUUGGAGAAAAUGAUUCUAUGUCAAGGACAAGCAACCGGUUGGAUGGUCUGUUGGCUCCGGCAAAAAGGAAAGAGAUGGGACGACCGACAACAAGCAGGGAGAAGGCGCCGUAUGAAGGGCUAAGCAAGAGGACCAGAUUUUGCAUGAUAUGUCAUAGGCAAGGGCACAAACGAACAACAUGCCCUGACCGUGGUGAUAUUCCGAAGCAGCCAAGGAAGUCUGCAAGGUGCAAGAACUGUGGUGUCGAGGGCCACCGGCGGAACAACUGCAAUAAAGCAAUGGAACUGAGGCUCGCUGGAGGAAUGUGAAGAAGAAAAAAAGUCCAUGGUGACUACUGUAUUGUGAUGUUGAUCCCAUGGUUGUAACCUUUUUUCACCGUGGUGUAAUUUCAUCUUGAUCUCUAUGUCUAAUUUAGUGAUGACAAUAAUCGGAUUUGUUGCUGGCGCACACACACCUGAGCUAUUUGAGUGUUCAGGUCUUGAUGACUGAAUUUGGAGAA